AUGGUCCUCUCCCCGUCUCCGCCGCCGUCGAGGGGCGGGGAACAGUCAGAGCCGCCAGCGCCGCCGCCGCCGUUUCAAGACGAACUCCGCCACCCGAUCAUACUGGCGGAGCGGGUCCUCGCGGCGGCGGACGAGGCCGAUUCGUUCAAGUCCGAGUGCGCCGCCGUCGCGAAGCAGGCCGAUUACAUCGCGGACAAGCUCCGCUCGGUGGUCCGCUUCGCCACCACGCCCGGACAGGCGGUGUACGAGCGGCCCGUGCGGCGGAUUUCCGCUGAGGCCGCGAGGAAUCUCGACCGGGCGCUGGCCCUGGUCCGGCGGUGCAGGCGGCGGAACAUCUUCCGCCGCGUGGUGGCGAUGAUCUCCGUCGCCGACUUCCGGAAGGCGCUGGUCCAUCUGGAAGCUUCCGCCGGAGACGUGUCGUGGCUGUGGAGCAUGCUGGAGUCGAAUGGCAACGCCAUGGCGCUGCCCCCAAUCGCCAGCAACGACCCGAUUGUUGCUUGGGUGUGGGUUGGGAUCACUUCGAUUUACAUGGCGCCCAUGGCCGAGAAGAUCGAGGCGGCGAAUCAAUUGGCCUCUCUUGCGAAGGACAACGACAGGAACAAGCAGAUUAUAGUGGAGGAAGGCGGCGUGCCGCCGUUCUUGAAGCUAAUUAAAGAGAAAGAUUCCCCGGAGGCACAAAUCGCCGCGGCGGCGGCGCUGCUCUACUUGUGCAACGAGGGGGACAGAGUCAGGGCGAUUUCCGAAGAAUCUGCCGCCGGAGUCCAGACAAUUGUGAAGGUACUCGCCGAUUCUCCGAUGAGGGUUCAGAUUUGGGUGGCGAGAUUGGUGGCGGUGAUGGCGGAGAACGAUCCCGGCGCUCAGGAUAACUUCGCCAGAGAGAACGCAAUUCGCCCUUUGGUCACUCUGCUGUCAUUCGAGACCUUCUCCGACGACCAAUUCGGUGGUCAAAUUGGCAAGCAAUCGAUUCAUUCUCUAGUCCAGAUGAACAAGGAAAUGGAGAAAGUGGGGGAGGUGAAGAUGAGAAGCAAUAAUAACAAUAAUAAGGAGAAGGAUAGGGAUAGCCUGCAGUAUCGGCCAUUUGUUAUGAGUUCAUUUUCGAGCUUCCAUUCCGAUGCUGGUGGAGGAAGCAAAGGGGGAGGGACUAGGAAAGAGAGGGAGAACGAGAACCGGGAGGUGAAGCAGAAGCUGAAGACGAGCUGUGCCGAAGCUCUGUGGAUGCUGGCGAAAGGGAGCGUGUCGAACAGCAAGCGAAUCACGGAGACGAAAGGGCUGCUCUGCCUGGCCAGAUUGGUGGAGAUUGGAGAGCCCGAGUUGCAGUUCAACUGCCUGAUGACGAUUAAGGAGAUCACAUUUGCCGCUGAGUCGAAUGCUGAUCUCCGUCGUGGUGCAUUCAAGACGAAUUCGCCAGCAGCGAAAUCCGUAGUCGACCAGUUGUUGAGAGUGAUCAAAGGAUCCAGCAGCCCCAAGCUGCUGGUGGCUGCCCUCCAGUCGAUCGGGUCGUUGGCUCGGACGUUCCCAGCGAGGGAGACUCGCGUGAUCGGUCCCCUCGUCAACCAUCUGAACAACAGGAGCCAGGAAGUGGCCGCGGAGGCUGCCAUCGCGCUGGCGAAGUUCACCUGCGAGGAGAAUUUCCUGUGCGAGGCGCAUUCCAAGACGAUGAUCGAGUUCAACGCCAUUCCUGCGCUGAUGAAGCUGCUGCGAGGCAGCGAGAGGGCGCAGCUGAGGGCGCUGAUCUUGCUCUGCCAUUUGGCUGUGAAUGCCGGCAAUCACGAGGCGUUGGAGCCCGCUCGGGUGCUGACGGCGCUGGAAGGAGUGGAUAGAAUGGUGCUGGCUCAGUACCCUGAGUUGAGGGAGAUGGUCGCUAAAGCUGUUUACCAUAUCAAUCUUUACCACCGUGGACCUCAUUCUCAACGGCUUACCUUCGUGAUUUAG